AUGGAGGACGCUGUGGAUCCUUCCGCUGAGCUCAUCAAUGAGCUGCGGGCGCUCGUUGUGAGUGGAGGCACGAUGGUGCCGUUUAAUGAGCGCAAGGUGAAGGCCGUCGUGGAUUGCGUAUCGGACUCCUUCCGUCAUCUUGAAGGCAUCUCACGCAACCCAUACGCCGAUGCGUCUCAGCCGUUCUACGCCAGUUCCAUGAAGUACUACCGGGCCAAGUACUUGAGGGACAAGCGUUGUCUCCUAGCAUACAUGAUGUGGAGGAAAUCGCAGAUGACACGGGCGUGGUGGGAGGCGAAAGAUAACGCCUUGUCGGAUGUUUUGACCCCAUUCGAAUCAACUUUUCUGCAGGAAUAUAAUGAUGUUAUGGUGGAAUACAUGACAUCAUUUGCGGUCCCGUUAGAUCUUAGAGCCUUCACAUGGCGUCCUCCUUCGACGCAGCAGUUGGAGGUUCGUGGCUUAGUGAACCAUGUGUUUGUCUCCCCCAUCUCCGGGGCGGUGAUUAGCCUUUACAAGGGCAAACAAAUUUUAUUAGGGUUUGAAGAGGCCGAGACGUUAAUUCAGCAGGGCGUCGUAGAACUUGUGGAGUGA